UUUCCGGUAAGAUGGCAGCCUUGCUGCCCUCGCAGGGUUGCCGUCAGGAUCGGUAGCCCACGAUGAGCACGCGAGGAAACGACACACGGGCAGCCGGUCAGUAAUGCGAGUCUCUCGAAGAUGAUUACGACGUGUUUGACCCGGCUUUCCGCUUCACUGUUUCUCAAGGCAGCGAGCGUCCCUGAGCGCUGCCCGGGUGUGUGUCGGCUUGCGGCCCCAAUAUGGCGGCUCGGACAGCCACCUGCCACGGUGAGCGUGAGGCUCACACGGCCUCGGCUUAGUGGCUCGUGGCUCUUCAAACUCAAAUGGAUGGACUUCCGGGGUUCGCGCUCGAGCGUCCAGCGAGUGAAAACGUUUGGACUCACGGAGGGGUCCAUGCUCGUGCACCGAAGAGGUCUUGAAAGGUCAGCGGCCGUUUUGAGACCGCUGUUCCUCCCCAGAGUUCGUGGACUUUGCAGCAGGAAGACAGAAGAGGCGUCUGACAGGUCCACAGUGCCGGGACAAGGACUGUUCAAAUUCAAAGAACUGUAUGAGAACCCGUGGACGGUCCCCAACCUGCUGUGUGUGUGUCGGAUUCUGCUGGCUCCAUAUCUGGGUUAUCUGAUCACCCAGCAGCAUUUUGACCUCAGCCUGGUUCUGUUUACUUUGGCAGGAGCCACUGACCUGCUGGACGGCUUCAUUGCCAGAACGUGGCCCACUCAGAAGUCGGCCCUGGGCAGCGCUCUGGAUCCGCUGGCCGACAAGAUCCUCAUCAGUGUUUUAUAUGUGAGUCUCACCUACGCCGAACUUAUCCCAGCUCCGCUGACAGCUCUCGUGAUUUUUCGAGACAUUGGUUUGAUAGCCGCCGUCUUCUGGGUCAGAUACAAGACUGUUCCUCCACCGGUGACCCUCAGUAAGUUUUUUAACCCUUGCUACACUACAGCCCAGCUGAAACCCACACUCUUCAGUAAGGUGAACACGGCCAUCCAGCUGUUCCUGGUUGCCACCUCUCUGGCUGCUCCAGUCUUCCACUAUACAGACAGCGUCCUGCUGCAGUGUUUAUGGUAUAUUACAGCUGUGACCACAACAGCAUCAGGCUACAGCUACUGGCAUUACGGCCGCAAGACUGUUAAGGUGUUGAACACCAGAUCUCCAUGACGAUGCCUCCCCCCGGGAUCCGGCCCCCCCUCCCCCUCCCUCCCGGGAUGCAGCCCCCCCACACCCCCCCCCGCCUCCCCCCGGACGCCUGUAGGAAUGAAAAGAAAACAGAAGAAGCUUCUGCAGGGGGACGCUCAUCAGACACAGCGAAUGUAGAACAGACGGGCAGAUGAACGGUCGCCAGGAGCUCUGAAGACAAGUAGCUGUGACAAGCCUUCAUGGGUCACCAUGGCGAUGACGCAUGCAGGGGGAAAACAAGUGAAGCCGCAGAUGGUUUCAUCGCAGAGAUCCUGAGACGGCAGCUCUGCCAGCAGGCGCGUCCAGAGCCGCGUGCAUAGAGGAGAAAAAAACUGCAAACAUAAAUAAAAAUAUUUCCUCCACCCACGUCAGAAGCCGCACACAGCAACCUCAAGCCCAGAGCUGCCAGGUUCUUCUUCCUGAUUUUAUUUCUUAGUCAGAUGCAACGUCCACUGAAUCAGAGUCUCAUCAACCUGAAUUUUUGUAAGCCGAUGAUUUCUGAUUAAACAAAACACAUAGAAAAUCUG